GCGGGGCUCCUGGCAGGACCAGGGUCCGCGAGCCUGGCGAGCGCUGAGGCGGCGUCAUGUCCUCCGAGGUGGCCGCGCGCCGCGAUGCCAAGAAGCUGGUGCGCUCCCCCAGCGGCCUGCGCAUGGUGCCCGAGCACCGCGCCCUUGGCAGCCCCUUCGGCCUGGAGGAGCCUCAGUGGGUCCCGGACAAGGAGUGCCCGAGAUGUAUGCAGUGUGAUGCCAAGUUUGACUUUCUCACCAGAAAGCACCACUGUCGCAGGUGUGGGAAGUGCUUCUGUGACAAGUGCUGUGGCCAGAAGGUGCCGCUGCGGCGCAUGUGCUUCGUGGACCCUGUGCGGCAGUGCGCCGAGUGCGCGCUCGUGUCCCACAAGGAGGCCGAGUUCUACGACAAGCAGCUCAAAGUGCUCCUGAGUGGAGCCACCUUCCUCGUAACUUUUGGAGACGCCGAGAAACCAGAAGCAAUGGUUUGCCGUCUCUCCAACAACCAGAGGUACUUGCUUCUGGAAGGGGACAGCCGCUACGAGAUUGAAAUCGCACGCAUUUCCACCGUGCAGAUCCUCACGGAAGGCUUCCCCCCCGGGGAAAAAGACAUUCACACUUACACCAGCCUCCUGGGGAGCCAGCCCGUCUCUGAAGGGGGCAACGCACGGGCCACAGGCAUGUCCCUGCAGUACGCAGCACCAGGGGCGGAGGGCAUGACCCAGCUGAGGCUGACGGCGGGGGAGGAUGCAAAUGCCAGCAGGAGGCAGUCGACAGCUUGGCUGGCGGCCAUGCACAAGGCCACCAAGCUCCUCUACGAGUCACGGGACCAGUAACUCCGUGCAGGACAGACUCUCAACGUGGAACCGCGGAGCCUGCUCUCUGCACGCAGAGGCAACUAACCCUACACGUGCUGGGAAAUACAAUUCGAGUGUUUGGAGAAACAGAAGUGCUUGCUUAUCUAGUGCAAUAUGCACAGUUUAUUAAUGCUCUAAACAGCUUCAGGCUUUAGAGUCGGUGUAUUACCUUGUUGAUACUUAAUUGGAGGUGGGAGAGAUGGCAUUACACUACUGCUAAACUAUUUUUAGCAUAACUUAAACCAUGCUUUUAUGGCUGCCCAGGUUUACUAGAAGGUUCUGGCCCCUCAGUGUUCACUCUUGCACCGCGAUGACUUGGGCAGCGGUAACGCAGGCCUGCUCUGUGCAGGAGCCUGGCUCUAGGGCGCCACUUUCCCAUUUGCCCGAGCCCGUUUAUAUAGACUGUUCACUUGCUGCAUCACUAAUUUGGGGCUACGAACAAACCUUUUAUACUUCACUAAGGGGGAAGAGCCAGCUUUGCUUUUUGUACUUUUCACUUACUAUUUCACUUUAUUAAAAUAAUUGUACAACAAUUGUAUAUAAAGCUUAUGAUUAAAACCUAUUUUGAAA